AUGACAUUUAGAGUAUCAUUUCAAUUCUUUACAAAAUGCUAUUCAAACGUUGUUAUCAAAGAACUUAGUAAUAAUACCAUUAUUGCAAAAAAUUGGCUUAACCAAUUGAACAUAAGCUCAAUUCCUAAAAAUCUGUUAAAAGAAAGAUUUGAUAGAUCAAGUGGACCUGGUGGACAAAAUGUCAAUAAAUUGAACACGAAGUGUACUUUAAGUUUACCACAUGUUUCAGGUUGCGAUUGGAUACCACAGGAAGUGCGUAAACAAUUGGUCAAUGGUUCGUUCAGAUACUACAAAAAGACUACUGAUAUGAUUUUAGUGCAAGCUGAUGAAACUAGAUCGAGAGAAGAUAAUAGAAUGGCGUGCAAAACAAAAUUAAUCAAUGAAAUAAAGAAACACUGUACAUUUCAAAAUGUCACACGGGCUGAUAAGAUGAAGAAAUGGGAGAGGUCCAAGAAUAAAGACAAUGAGUUAAGAAUACAAAAAAAAAAGACUGCAAAGUGA